GGGUGCUACACAGGAGACUUGGCAGCUGUGGACUCCCCAGCUCGGAGCAGCCCUCUUUGACCUCGAAAGGUAGAGAAACAGCCCCAUGAAGGUGCCCAGCCAUGCAAUGUUCCUGGAAGGCCGUCCUCCUCCUUGCCCUGGCCUCCAUCGCCAUCCAGUACACGGCCAUCCGCACCUUCACUGCCAAGUCCUUCCACACCUGCCCGGGGCUGGCCGAGGCGGGGCUGGCCGAGCGCCUGUGCGAAGAGGGCCCCACCUUCACCUACAACCUGUCCCGCAAGACCCACGUCCUCAUCCUGGCCACCACGCGCAGCGGCUCCUCCUUCGUGGGCCAGCUCUUCAACCAGCACCUGGACGUCUUCUACCUGUUCGAGCCGCUCUACCACGUCCAGAACACGCUCAUCCCCCGCUUCACCCAGGGCAAGAGCCCCGCGGAUCGGCGGGUCAUGCUGGGCGCCAGCCGGGACCUGCUGAGGAGCCUCUACGACUGUGACCUCCACUUCCUGGAGAACUACAUCAAGCCGCCGCCCGUCAACCACACCACGGACAGGAUCUUCCGGCGCGGGGCCAGCCGGGUGCUGUGCUCCCGGCCUGUGUGCGACCCGCCCGGCUCCGCCGACCCGGUGCUGGAGGAGGGGGACUGCGUGCGCAAGUGCGGCCUGCUGAACUUGACCGUGGCCGCCGAGGCCUGCCGCGAGCGCAGCCACGUGGCCAUCAAGACGGUGCGGGUGCCCGAGGUCAACGACCUGCGGGCCCUGGUGGAGGACCCCCGGCUAAACCUCAAGGUCAUCCAGCUGGUCCGAGACCCGCGGGGCAUCCUGGCUUCGCGCAGCGAGACCUUCCGCGACACCUACCGGCUCUGGCGGCUCUGGUACGGCACCGGGAGGAAACCCUACAACCUGGACGUGACGCAGCUGACCACGGUGUGCGAGGACUUCUCCAACUCCGUGUCCACCGGCCUCAUGCGGCCGCCGUGGCUCAAAGGCAAGUACAUGCUGGUGCGCUACGAGGACCUGGCCAGGAACCCCAUGAAGAAGACCGAGGAGAUCUACGGGUUCUUGGGCAUCCCCCUGGAUGGCCACGUGGCCCGCUGGAUCCAGAACAACACGCAGGGCGACCCGACCUUGGGCAAGCACAAAUACGGCACCGUGCGCAACUCGGCCGCCACCGCCGAGAAGUGGCGCUUCCGUCUCUCCUAUGACAUUGUGGCCUUUGCCCAGAACGCCUGUCAGAGGGUGCUGGCGCAGCUGGGCUACAAGGUGGCCACCUCGGAGGAGGAGCUCAAGAACCCCUCCAUCAGUCUGGUGGAGGAGCGGGACUUCCGCCCUUUCUUGUGACAGGGGCUCUGU